CGCACAUUUUCCCGCGUUGAAGCUUCUUCGAGGAAUCGAGGAGCGAACUCGAAUUUCGUUCCGGUAGUAGCUUAUGGUUUGCAUCGACGCUCUAACUCGAGACGGGAGCGCCGUGCUAUGGGAUCUCACUACGCGAUUUUGUGUGUCGAUCGUAAUGUCAGUGGCCCAGACCUAAGAUCGGCAUACCAUAGACAAGCUCGCAAGUGGCAUCCAGAUAAACACGCCGGUGGGGAAGAGCACGCAACCGAAGUGUUCAAGUCGAUUAGUUUGGCGUACCAGGUACUCUCGGAUCCUGACACUCGCGCACGGUAUGAUGAGAGCCUCGCGAUCGCUGCCGCACGGCAUUCCACGGAACAAGAGCCGAGCUGGAGGAGCGCUCCCGCAGAUCCUGGCCUGUCAGACCUCGACAUGGGUUUACUUGGCGUUCUCAUCGAUGUCCUGGAUGAUGUAUUCGAAGUCGCCUCAGAAGUCUUUCUCGGUCUUGUAGAUUGGCUAUAAUUGUCGAACUUCCUCACCCAGAGACACCGAGAGUCGAAAAGAUGGGGAGAUUCUACUCGACUCAAGUCUCUCCC